AUGCCAUCAGACGCACCCCCGACCGCGCAGAGCAUCACCAACGCCAUCGACCUCGAGCACGUUGACCGGGACUUGUAUCGCUCGAGGGAACUCUGGAAGCCCGCCCAAGGUCGCGGCGUCUUCGGAGGACAGAUCAUCGCCCAGGCUGCUUGGGCUGCGACGCAGUCUGUCAGGCGCGACGAGCCGGGAACGAAGAAGGGGCUGCACUCGCUUCACUGCUACUUCCUCAACUUUGGCAACGCCGACAUCCCCGUCCUCUACCAAGUCCAACGCCUCCGAGACGGCCGAUCCUACAGCACCCGCAGCGUCCUCGCCUCCCAACAAGGCGUCCCAAUCUUCUCCCUCACAUGCUCGUUCUGCCUCGCCGAGCCCGACCAGCCCGUUCGGGCGCUCCCGCUCCCGCAGUGGCCGCUCAAGUGGCACAGGACUGAGGAAGGGCAGAAGGAUCCGAAGGAUGUUGGGGAUAGGAUUCCCGAGCCUGAGGAGUGCGACGCGACGGAGGAGGUCAUGAUGAGGGCGCUGGCGGCCGCCAAGAACUUGCCGAAGAAGCUGCAGGACUUCGUCGAGCGACAGGCCGAGGAGCGCCGCCAGUCCUCCAUCGAGCUCCGCAACACCGACAAGCGCGAGAUCGGCCACCUCUUCGCCUUCGACAAGACUGCGUCGCAGCAACAACUCUACUGGUUCCGCUCGCGCGCGCCAGUCGAGCCUGACCCCGACUUCCAGAAGUGCGUCCUCGCCUACGCCUCGGACCUCAACUUCAUCGGUACUGCCGCCCGCGCAACGGGUCUUGGUGCAUCGACCAAGCCCCGGCUGGGCAUGCUCGCCUCGCUCGACCACUCGAUGUACUUCUACGACACGACCGUCGACGCGCACGACUGGAACCUCUUCUACAUGAACUCGCCGGUGACGAGCAAUGGCAGGGGACUGGUGCAUGGGAGGAUCUAUAAGCGCGAUGGGACUCUUGCGGUCGUUUGCACUCAGGAAGGAGUCGUCCGUGCCGCUCUCUAG